AAGAAGCAGCAGCAGCAGCAGCAGCAGCGACCCAAAGAGCAGAUCAGACCUCUGCUCUCGACAUGGAGAUGACUUCUAAGCUUCUGCUCCCCAUCGUAGCCAUCUCCCUCCUCGUCGCCUGCAGCCCGUCGGAGGCUUGGUACAAGCAGGUGGCCGGGCCGAACUACUACUCGGUGGGCCGGGCGUCCGGCUUGCUCUCCGGGAUCCGGAGGUCGUCAUCGUUCGCAAGGAGAGAGGAGUCCCCGUCGGAGAGCGGAGAGUCCGCCAGCAGCAGCAGCAGCAGCAGCAGCAGCAGCGUCCUGUCCCAGUUACUCUCCCAUAACUCCGUGCUCAAGACCAUGCCUCUCUGCAUCAAAGACAUUACCCCAAACCUGCAGAGCUGUGAGCUCUUCCAGGAAAUCAAGGGAUCGCUGAAGUGCAAAGCAGAGGUCUUCCUCUCCCUGGACUCCUCAGACUGUGAAGGAGACUGAUCGCUGUCCGUGGAUCACGAAGGCUACUUCUUAAAAAAGGGACAUUUUUGAAAGAAAUGCAUCUGUGUUAAAUGUGACAGGUAUCUUGAUGGAAGAAGUCUGUUUUUCAUGCACCAUGCGCUAAUGUUUUUUUUUUUCCUGAUUUUAUUUUUUUAGGAUGAAAUAUGUCAAAUUGUUUAAAUGAUACAGUAUUAAUGUUCAUAUUCGGUCUGAGUUUUCAUCAAUAAAUGGAUCAUGCUGUGGAUCUGGUUGAAAAAUAUUACACGCAAAA